AAAAAGUAAGAGAGCGUUUAUGCUAUUAAUCAGGGAAUGCAGUAACCCACAGGUUAUCACAAUAAUUGCAAGACUGGAUUCUCUGGUAGCUAAGAAGAAUCCAUGUAAAUCGACAGUCUCACUUAGCCGCCAUGUGGAAAGGCUGUGUUCUUCUAAUUUGGUUAGGCAGUCUUGUUUCUUUGAUGAUUGCCCUGGAGGUACCGCAUCCAGUGGUAAAUGUGAAGGGCCGGGAGGUAUCCAUAAUUUUACCCUGGGAUCUGAAAGGCAUUGAGUCCAUAUACUUUCAAGCCGAGUUGGUUGACAAAGAGUGCGAUAACAAUGCAUAUUCGUUCGCAAAUGAGAGCCCAUGGAGUGCAAAGAUUGAGUUACAAAGUACCAUUGAGCCCAAUGCCAAACUAAGAAUUCAAACUGUGGUGGAGAGAAAGAAUAAGAUUGCAACUCAGUUUUCGGAGUAUAAAAUCAACGAUAAUGGAAUUGGCCAGUUACUUGAUGGGCCUAGAUCAAUCUCAAGUACUGACCUGAUAGAAACGGCUGCCAAAUGCAAGCCUGCUAAGAAGAAUUCUUCAGAAACGUUAUCAGAAUGUUCCCAUAGAAGUGGAUUCUCCAGCGGGGACUUGCUCUUCGAAGACAACUUUGAGAACGAUCAGAAGCUCACGGAUAACUGGAUACACGAGGUAAGGUAUCGUAAUACUGGCGGGAAAAACCAGGAGUUUGUUGCCUUUGUGGACGAUCCUGACAACUCGAAUAUAACUAACAACAAUUUGCACAUAUCAAUCACCAAAGAUGAGCGCAGUAAGAUUCUUCUGGGCUGCACCAGCAAAAAGGAGGGUCUGGCCAAAAGAAAAGAGUGUGGUAAGGGGUCAAGAAGAUCGAAACGAGAGCCUUGGGUCUCCAAGACCUUCAGAUCCGCCAAUAUGCACACGAACUUCACCUUUAAAUAUGGGCGAGUUGAGAUCAGAGCUAAAAUGCCCAAGGGCGAUUGGUUAUUUCCAAACAUUCUUCUGGUGCCCAAUAUGGAUAGGUCUGAUGAUGAUUUUUUCGAUCAUAUUCGCUUGUACGCCAGGGGCAAUUAUGUUCUGCAGGACAAACACCAGUCUGCCCUCGACGGAAGUUCUCUGUUCGGAGGCAUUGUGGUGUGGAAAAAAACAGGAGCCGAACCGAAUCCAAUUGAGCAUUUUGUAGUCAGGAAUGAGGAUUAUUACUAUGGGGACGGGUUUCACGACUACACUAUUAUCUGGCAGACUGAUAAAAUUGUCUUUAAGUUCGAUGGCGAGUUCUUCGGAGCAGUAAACAAUGCGACACUUCUUGAACCAUUUCAAAAACAUGAGUGCCAUCUAGUCCUGGGUCUAACCGCCGGCGGAAAUGUUAAUUUCAAUGACGACAUUCUGGAGAUGAAACACAAGCCCUUUUCAAACACCCACCCCAAAGCUGACAAACAAUUUGAGGAAUUGUCUAGAAAUUCAGACUGGACACCACUGGUGGUCGACCAUAUCCGGGUGUUUGCCAUCGACAAGGAAGGAAAUUAAUAAAAAUAUAUAAAUACUCUUUAAGUUGUAAAAUGGGAUACUUCAUUUAGCACCGGGGAAGUCUAUGUUUGAAACCUCGUAUAUAGUUUAAAGAUAUAUUACUCUUGUUCUAUGAUAUCUAGAUAUUAAUUGAUUAGAUAUUGCCACUAACUGCUUCUUUCCU